CAUGUCGUGUUGUCAACAGGAGGGACAUGAGGACCGCAGCUCGGGUCUUUUUCCAGCUCAACGCGGUGCUUGUCGUUGUCAGAGAGGGAGAGAGAUCUGUCCAGCAGAAGAAGUGUUUACACUUUCUCUGAAUAGGAACAUUGAAUUUAUAUUUGGGAAGAAAGGGAUUUUACACCGUAAUAUUGCCAAAUUUAACAUACGCCUACUUUCGUAUGUGUCAUUUAUUUAUAAUGGGAAUAAAUGGAAAUGGACCAGAAGCCAGACUUGGAAGCAACACUUCUGCAGCUUUAGAGAAUAAAACAAAUGAUCACCUCUUGAAGUAACCGUAACGUUAAUAACUCCUCACCGAAUGAUAUACCGACGUGUAUUUGCACAAGCCAACGUGUUUAAAUGUAAAGUAGAGUAGCUAGGUGUUAACUUUUCCAGCCAGUUAGAUAGCUGUCAUGGAUAUCUGUUCAAGACCUAGUGGAGAAAUUCAAAGAAAAAACCCACAGCAGGAUUUCGAGCUUAUUCAACGAGUUGGGAGCGGCACAUAUGGAGACGUAUACAAGGCUCGAAACAUCCAAACGGGAGAGCUUGCUGCUGUUAAGAUUAUUAAACUGGAGCCAGGGGAUGACUUCUCCAUCAUCCAGCAGGAGAUCUUCAUGGUGAAGGAAUGCAUGCACCACAACAUAGUGGCCUACUUCGGGAGCUACCUCUGCCGUGACAAGCUGUGGAUCUGUAUGGAGUACUGUGGGGGAGGAUCUCUACAGGACAUAUAUCAUGUGACGGGUCCCCUAUCAGAGCUGCAGAUAGCCUACGUCUGCAGAGAGACCAUACAGGGUUUGGGAUAUCUACACUCCAAGGGGAAAAUGCACCGUGACAUCAAGGGUGCUAAUAUCCUCCUAACAGACAAUGGGCAUGUGAAACUAGCUGAUUUUGGAGUAGCAGCCAAAAUAACAGCCACCAUUGCCAAGAGGAAGUCCUUCAUCGGGACUCCUUACUGGAUGGCCCCAGAGGUAGCAGCAGUAGAGAAGAACGGAGGUUACAACCAGCUGUGUGACAUCUGGGCCGUGGGCAUCACCUCCAUAGAACUGGCCGAACUGCAGCCUCCUAUGUUUGACCUGCACCCAAUGAGGGCUCUGUUUCUCAUGUCAAAGAGCAGCUUUCAGCCUCCCAAGUUAAAACACAAAACUAAGUGGACCACAGCCUUCCAUAACUUUGUUAAAGUCUCGCUGACCAAGAACCCGAAGAAGAGACCGACAGCUGAGAAGCUCUUAAUGCAUUUGUUUGUAGGUCAGACGGGGCUGACCAGGAGAGUAGCUCUGGAGCUGCUGGACAAGAUGAACAACCCAGACAACCACCAACACUUCUCUGAGGUGGACGACGAUGACCUGGAGCCUCUUUCAGCAGUGAGACACAUCAUUCGUUCAACCAACAAACACUCCAGAGCAGAGAGAACUCGCUCAGAGAUCAACUCAGAAAACGGGAAUGAUGCAUCUUCAGGAAGGCCGUGCUCGAGCCCUGGCCCCCCUAACUAUCCUGCUAGUUUCCAUAGCUACCCUAUCUACGCUACAGAGGAGACGGACAGGUCCGAGGACAGGGGGGACCCAGUUGAUAAAGUGAAGUUUGAACCUCCGCUGAGGAAGGAAACAGAGGCUCACAUUGAAAUGGACGUGACUAAACACAGCGACUUCCCCUCUCCCUGGAGCCCUUUCGCAGAGGGAGGCAUCUCUACCAGGGGACACAUGGCCCAUCUGGAGGAUGCCUUUGAAGACGUGGAGCUGUCGACCCUCAAGCACGGAAUCCCACCUCCUCUACCUCCAAAGCCUCAUCUGAGCAGUUUGUCAGAUGAGCCAGAUGUGAGUGAUGAGAGGUGUCUGACAGUGAGGAGAUUUCCAGGCUCAGAGGACAGCCCAGGUCCAGGCCUGUUCCCCCGGAGGUUGAGCACCCCAGAGCAGGGCAACAAGGCGGAACAUUCUGGUCCGGACUACCUGUCAGCCAGCGGCAGUAGCCCCAAUCUACUAUCUACGUCCACAGCCUCAGACCCUGAUCCCGAUGACGGUGUGAACGGAGACAAUCCCAGUCCUCGUCCCAGCCGACCACAGAGGACGGAGAAGAAAGACUACCUUAAACCUGCCAUCAACGGCCUGCCGCCAACUCCUAAAGUCCUGAUGGGGGCCUGUUUCUCCAAGGUGUUUGAUGGCUGCCCACUGAACAUCAACUGUGCUACGUCGUGGAUACACCCUGAUACCAAAGACCAGUACCUUAUAUUUGGGACGGAGGAUGGGAUCUAUACCCUCAACCUGAAUGAGCUGCAUGAAGCCACCAUGGAACAGCUGUUCCCCAGGAAGUGUACCUGGCUCUACAUCAUCAACAACAACCUGAUGUCUCUGUCAGAAGGGAAGACCUUCCAGCUCUACUCACACAACCUGAUUGGGCUGUUUGAGCAGCUGAAGAAGCCUGGCCUGGCCUCUCAGUUCCAAACACACCGCUUCCCAGACAAGAUGUUACCAAGGAGGUUUGCCUUGACAACGAAGAUCCCUGACACAAAGGGCUGUCACAAGUGUUGCAUUGUGAGGAACCCGUAUACGGGCCAUAAGUACCUGUGUGGAGCGCUCCAGUUUGGGAUAAUCCUGCUACAGUGGUAUGAACCCAUGCAGAGGUUCAUGCUUAUCAAGCACUUUGACUUCCCCCUACCCAGCCCUCUGAAGGUGUUUGAGAUGUUAGUGGUUCCAGAGCAGGAAUACCCCAUGGUGUGUAUAGCUGUCAGCCAGGCCACGGAGCCAGGCCAGGUGGUUCGCUUUGAGACCAUCAACCUCAACUCCUGCUCUUCCUGGUUCACUGAGAUGGGAUCAACUGGUCGAGCAGUGGACGCCAUCCAUGUGACCCAGCUGGAGAGGGACACCUUGCUAGUGUGCCUGGACAAAAAUCUCAAGAUCGUUAACCUCCAGGGAAGACUGAAGUCCAACAAGAAGCUAGCCUCGGAGCUCAGCUUUGACUUCACCAUUGGAUCCGUUGUGUGCCUUCAGGACAGUGUUCUGGCCUUCUGGAAGCACGGCAUGCAGGGAAAGAGCUUCAAAUCCAACGAGGUCACCCAGGAGAUUUCUGAUCCCAGCAGAGUCUUCCGCCUCCUAGGAUCUGACAGGGUGGUGGUUCUGGAGAGCCGGCCCACUGACAACCCCACAGCCCUCAGCAACCUCUACAUCCUGGCCGGACAUGAGAACAGUUACUAGCCCUGACCCCAGCCCUGUUACUGAGAACAGUUAGUAUCCCUGACCCCAUCCCUGUCCCCGUUACUGAGAACAGUUACUUGCCCUGACCCCAGCCCUGUUACUGAGAACAGUUACUAGCCCUGACCCCAGCCCUGUUACUGAGAACAAUUACUAGCCCUGACCCUGUUACUGAGAACAGUUACUAGCCCUGACCCCAGCCCUGUUACUGAGAACAGUUACUAGCCCUGACCCCAGCCCUGUUACUGAGAACAGUUACUAGCCCUGACCCCAGCCCUGUUACUGAGAACAGUUACUAGCCCUGACCCCAGCCCUGUUACUGAGAACAAUUACUAGCCCUGACCCUGUUACUGAGAACAGUUACUAGCCCUGACCCCAGCCCUGUUACUGAGAACAGUUACUAGCCCUGACCCCAGCCCUGUUACUGAGAACAGUUACUAGCCCUGACCCCAGCCCUGUCCCUGUUACUGAGAACAGUUAGUAGCCCUGACCCCAGCCCUGUUACUGAGAACAGUUAGUAGCCCUGACCCCAGCCCUGACCCUGUUACUGAGAAUAGUUACUAGCCCUGACCCCAGCCCUGUUGUUACUGAGAACAGUUACUAGCCCUGACCCCAGCCCUGUUGUUACUGAGAACAGUUACUAGCCCUGACCCCAGCCCUGUUACUGAGAACAGUUACUAGCCCUGACCCUGUUACUGAGAACAGUUACUAGCCCUGACCCCAGCCCUGUUACUGAGAACAGUUACUAGCCCUUACCCCAGCCCUGUCCCUGUUACUGAGAACAGUUACUAGCCCUGACCCCAGCCCUGUUACGGAGAACAGUUACUAGCCCUGACCCCAGCCCUGUUACUGAGAACAGUUACUAGCCCUGAACCCAGCCCUGUUACUGAGAACAAUUACUAGCCCUGACCCUGUUACUGAGAACAGUUACUAGCCCUGACCCCAGCCCUGUCCCUGUUACUGAGAACAGUUAGUAGCCCUGACCCCAGCCCUGUUACUGAGAACAGUUACUAGCCCUGACCCCAGCCCUGUUACUGAGAACAGUUACUAUCCCUGACCCCAGCCCUGUUACUGAGAACAGUUACUAGCCCUGACCCCAGCCCUGUCCCUGUUACUGAGAACAGUUGCUAAAGCUGUCUGGCCCAAAGACGGGUAGCCCUGUCUGGCUCAGCCUCUCUGAUCACCGGUAACCCUACACUCAGCCUCUCUGAUCACCAGUAACCCUUCACUCAGCCUCUCUGAUCACCAAUAACCCUUCACUCAGCCUCUUCGAUCACCAUAACCCUUCACUCAGCCUCUCUGAUCACCAGUAACCCUUCACUCAGCCUCUCUGAUCACCAAUAACCCUUCACUCAGCCUCUGAUUACCAGUAACCCUUCACUUAGCCUCUCUGAUCACCAAUAACCAUUCACUCAGCCUCUGAUCACCAGUAACCCUUCAAUCAGCCUCUCUGAUCACCAAUAACCAUUCACUCAGCCUCUCUGAUCACCAAUAACCAUUCACUCAGCCUCUGAUCACCAGUAACCCUUCACUCAGCCUCUCUGAUCACCAAUAACCCUUCACUCAGCCUCUCUGAUCACCAAUAACCCUUCACUCAGCCUCUCUGUCCAGUGAAACAAACAUGUCAGACGAGGGUUGUUAUAGUGAACUACUUUUGACAGUCCCGUUCACCUCCUCUCCUCUCCAGCCCCAUUCACCACCUCUCUUUUCUAGCCCCAUUCACCCUCUCCAGCCCCGUUCACCCACUCCAGCCCCGUUCACCACCGCUCUUUUCCAGCCCCGUUCACCACCUCUCUUCUCCAGCCCCGUUCACCACCUCUCUUCUCCAGCCCCGUUCACCACCUCUCUUCUCCAGCCCCGUUCACCACCUCUCUUCUCCAGCCCCGUUCACCACCUCUCUUCUCCAGCCCCGUUCACAAUCUCUCCAGCCCCGUUCACCUCCUUCUCCAGCCCCGUUCACCACCUCUCCAGGCCUGAGUCCUCUGCUCAGAAUGGGCUAAAAACUGAUCGACUGGACUGGUGAAGCAGAAUGUAGGCAGGAAAGGUUCAGACCUAUGGACAGUCUUACUCUGGAGCCUCCACUUCUUCUCUCAACCUGUUACAUAUCAGCUGAAAUACUGCAAUAUGACAAGACAAUAUCUAGAGGGGUUACUGAAAACGACUACUAUAAUAAUUCAGAUAUUUAGGUCUGGUAGGAAAUGGGAGUGUUGUAUCUUUUUGUCACAGGUCUGGUUGCCGAUUAGCUCUGGUCUAGGACGAUAGUGCGGCUUGCUAACGCUGAGCCUUGACUAGUUGGUUGAUUUUCCAGCUCUAGUUUAACUAAUUAUAGAAUGGUUCCCAAAGAAAAUCGUUUAAACUUUAUUUAUUAAUCUCGAAGCUAUAUUCGGGUAUGUUGGAUUUACUAGCCGUGAGAGAGAGUUCAGUUUGUAUAUCAUUUUCAAUACACUUGAGGUGUUGUCGUUUCAUCCAAACGUUUUGACAGUUGGUCAAUCUGCCUUGCAUCGUUGAUUUACUUCAUAGACAUCUGAUGUCAUCUUCGUCCCAAAUGGAACACUUCCCUGGGGCUCUGGUCAAAUCCUAUCUAUGGUUAGGAGGUCAUCACAACUAAUGUCUUGGUUACAGUCAAGGGAUUCAAUGUCAGGAAUGGCUACGGUUUCAUCACGCAUGAAACCCACCAGGUUAUAAAGGAAAUUUAACCCAAGGAUGACUGCCAGAUUUAAAGGUGUAUAAAGGGGUUUUACAUGGCA